AGCUGCAUCCCGUUAUCUGGGCGGAGAGAGGGGGAGAGAAAGAGAGAUAGAGAUUGAUCAGACUCUCUCUUCUCUCACCCAUUCGCUUGAGCCCGAGUCAGUCAAUGUCAACGAGACGGAGUCUGCGAGAAGAGGACACAUGAGAACAAAGCGGAAUUAUUUAUAAAUUUAUUCUACAAAGAACAAUAUUAUUUUAUACAUUUUAUUUUCUGCAGUUUUCGGACUCUCCUUGCUUCCUGCUUCCUUGUCCUGUUGCACCACCGCAGGAGGAGCUGUUUUUGUGGAGGAGCUGAGGAGGAACGGCUCCCUUUUGUUGUGUCGCUCUGCACUUGCUUAUUAUUAUUCACACUCAACUUCUGCUUCCUCCUCGUUCUCCAACCUAGGAGGGUUCGUUUCUCCGUUUGCCUUGUUGGGGCUUAAAUGGAAUGAAUGACAAAAACAAAGGAGGUUGAUGUCCAUAACUCCCCGUCUCACCUCUUCUUCGCCUCGCCCAAGGAAAGGAGACUCCAUCUCCGACAGAAGAUGGAAAGCGGAGGCGGGACAGAGGGUUCGGACAGCGGGCACGCGGUGUCUGAGAGCGCGGCGCUCUCCACGGUGCUCCCUGCUCACCCUCCCGGGGAGAAGAAAAAGGUGCACCGGGCUCCAUCUCCGGCCAGACCGAAGGAUGUGCCCGGUUGGUCUCUGUCGAAGAUCCGCUCAGGAAUAGGGACGCCGACGCUGAGCGUAAAGCCGGGAGGCAUCCACCUGGGAAGCCGCAUUUCCAGGCGCAGCCCGGUGGGAAGCCUUGCAGGGAAGGACGGAAAAGCGGAGAGGAGUGGGGGCGGUAAACCGGCCGGUAAAUCCUCCUUCUCACACUCGCCUUUGUCCAAGUCCUCGGCGGCGAAAGCGAGCAAAAGCAGCGCAGUGCGAAGAAAAGUGUCGGACGCAAGUAUUGGAUCUGACGAUUUAUCCAAAGACUCUGGCUGCGCUGCAGGCAAGCUGUCCCCGACCGACAGCAGCUCCGAGCUGUCGGACUGCGCCUCUGAGGAAAACAAGCUCUCCACGGACGCUGUGAGCAGCGACGCCGAAUCCAGGAGCAGCCGUGGCGGCGGGCUGGACGGAGAAAAGUCGCUCAGGAACGGCUCUUUGUCGGACAGAGUUAGCCAACAAACCGCCACCAAGGCCACAUGCUCCUCUGGGGAGAGGGAAGACAAGGACCGUCUGUCUCUUGAAGUGGAGACCGGGGAAGGGAGCGUGUCCCCGGCUGAGGAGCGCUCGGCCACGUCGUUUGACAGCCGGGUGCCGGCGAGCACAUCUCUGGCUUUCUCAGACCUGACGGAAGAAUUCAUGGACGGGAUGCAUGAAGAGUUUGUGAGAGAGAUUGAAGAGCUGAGGUCUGAGAAUGAUUACCUCAAAGAUGAGAUGGAGGAGCUGCGGUCUGAGAUGCUGGAGAUGAGGGACAUGUACAUGGAAGAGGAUGUCUAUCAGCUACAGGACUUACGUCAGCAGCUGGAGCAGGCAAAUAAGACAUGCCGUAUCCUGCAGUACCGGCUAAGGAAGGCAGAGCGGCGCUCCCUCCGGGUAGCCCAAACAGGGCAGGUGGAUGGAGAACUGAUACGAACGCUGGAGCAAGAUGUUAAGGUGGCGAAAGACGUGUCCAUCCGCCUCCACAGCCAGCUGGACAGUAUAGAGAAGAAAAGGAGUCGCCUUGAGAGGGAGAACGAGGAGCUCAGGGUCCAACUCCAAGACCUGGAGGUCGCCAAGCAGGUCCUGCAGCAGGAGAUAGACAAGAACUCCCAGAAGAAACGAGGAGCGAGGCCUAACAACAAACCUGACAAGAAGCUGGUUUCACAGGAGGACAGUUCUGACCUGAAAUGUCAGCUUCAUUUUGCCAAAGAGGAGUCAGCUCUGAUGUGCAAGAAACUGACCAAACUGGUGAAGGACAGUGAGGCCAUGAAGGAGGAGUUGGCCAAGUACAGGUCACUGUACGGCGAUGUGGACGCCUCGAUAACAGUGGAGGAGGUUGCAGACUCUCCACACACCCGUGAAGCAGAAGUGAGAGUUCAUCUGAAGCUGGUGGAGGAGGAAGCCAACCUGCUGAGUCGACGCAUCGUGGAGCUGGAGGUGGAGAACAGGGGGCUCCGAGCAGAGAUGGACGACAUGAAGGGGCCACAAGAUGGACCUCAGGAACUCACUGGUGCCAGCUCUGGUCUAGGGGCAGGUCUUGGUAUGGCAGGAGCAGCCACAUUGCAUGGAGGAGGAGCUUCAUCUGAAAAUGUAAUGGAGCUCCAAAGACACCUUCAGUUUGUGGAGGAGGAGGCGGAGCUCCUGAGGAGGUCUCUGAUUGAAAUGGAAGAACAGAACAAGCUCCUGAUGAACGAAAUCAACCGAUACAAGUCGGAACUUCCUCCUCUGGUGUCCACGCUGUCGUCCAACUCGCUCUCGUCGUUGGCGGAAGGGCUGCUUAACGACAGCCCCGUACACACCAUCCAGGAGGGGGCGGUGCUUAUCAGCACAGAUCCUCCUUCUCAGGAGGAGGAGGAGCUCAGACUAGCGAAGCUUCAGAUUGGAGAGCUGAGCGGGAAGGUGAAGAAGCUGCAGUAUGAGAACCGGGUCCUUCUGUCCAACCUGCAGAGAUGUGACCUGGCCUCUUACCACGCUCCUUCCUCCUCGUCCUCCUCUUCUUCAUUACGUCUAACGUUCGACACUGACGCAGAGGCUGGAGAUUCAGCCGAGUGCCUUCCUACUAGCCCGCCCCAUCGCAAAGAGCCAGUAGGGGGCGAGAAUGACGCCCUUGAGAUCAAGGAACGGAAAGUAAAGCUCGGGGACAACGCUGACGCAGCGCCCUCACUUCCUGGUUGCCCGGGGCAAAGGGACCAUGACGCUCUGCUGGCCAUGAGAGACCAGGCUCGCUUGGUUUCCACAGCUAUACAGCUCCUGACCUCCCCUGAGUCCAACUGCCUCUCGUCGUCUUCCUCCUCCCCAUCCAUCUAUCACAAGGUCUGCAGCAACGAUGCAGCAGAGCCGUGUGACCCGGAGAAACCUCAGCCUCAGAGUCAGAUCUCCGAGCUGUCUGACCUGGCAGACCGACCUCUGGUUGGUGCCCUGACCAGCAGGCUCCAGGCUUUACAUUCCCAGCUACAAGCCUUUGUAGAGCAGGUGGACAACUUGGGUAAACCUCCAGCAGAUGGGAGGGAGCUUCAGGUGGAAGGAGUGUCUCCUCCAGCUUCAGCUCACACCUCCUUCAUACAUUCUGGAGAUGAUCAGAAUGGAUUUCAUGUGACUUAUGAGAAGCAGCCUGAUUAUAGGGACCAAUCAGAAUCAGAGGUUAAAGAGCAAGCUGAAGAAAACAGCCAAUCAGAGAGUAACAAGGUGCAGAAGCAGGGAACCAGCCAGAAUGAGUCGCAAGAGGAGCAGACGAAUGAGGAGCUGACAUCCCAGUUCAGUCACUUAAAAGUGUCUGAAGAACAAAAUACUCAGGACGAUAUGCAGGAAGACAAGUCCACUCAAGAAGAGACCACUGUUAGAGUCACACAGGAGGAGCAUCAGAAGGCUCUUCUCCGUCGGGACUUCCAGCUGCAGAGUUUGGGUCUCCAGGCACGGCUGCAGCAGAAGUUAUGGAGCCAGGAGAGGACUCUGCUGGUCCAGGAGUCUCAGCACCUCAAACAAACUCUGUUGGUGCUUAGCCUCAAACUACGCUGCUUCCUCAAACAGUGGCGACUGGGCUGCAAGAAAGACACUGAGUGGAAAGAUGUCUUUGAGAUGAACAGCCUGAAGGAUCUCUACCUGCUGCUAGAAGAAGAAAACCUGACCAGUCCCACCCACCAAACUGACAAGAGGUCUUCUGCUGCAGCUGAGCUUCCCCUGAGUCCAACUAUCAAGUCAAGUGCUGUGAGCAGUACUCUGGCAGACCUGAAGGUAGCGCUGCAGGAUAUGAGUGGUGAGCUGCGGCAGGAAAGACAAGGCUCACAGGAGCUCACACAGCAGUUUGCAAAGGCCAAGGCAUCAUGGGAGGUGGAGAGGACAGAACUACAGAGCCUUAUCACACAGCUGGAGAACAAGGCAGGCAAAGCUCCAUCAGCCAUGUCAACCACAGAUGCUGUGGAACCUCCAGACCUGAAGGUGGCGCUGAAGAGGGAACGUGAAGAACACCAACAUCUGCUGGCUGAAUCCUAUGCAGCUGUGAUGGAUCUAACUAAACAGCUUCAGAUUGGAGAGAGGAACUGGGGCAGGGAGAAGCUGGAGAUGCUGGAGAGGUUCAGCCAGGAGAGAGCUCAGUGGGAGCAGAAGCUGAGAGAGGCCACCGCACAACAGGGCAAGUCAAAGUCAUCAAGUCAUGGUGAACUGUCUGCAGACACAGUGGUUUUAAAUGGGACAGGAUCACCAAGGACAAAGUCCACAUCAGAGCUGGAUGCACCAGAAUUUAACGGAGCAGUGAACCAGGAACAGAAAAUCCAGCUCCCACUUUUGAUUCGCCCAGAGCUACGUGACCUCACUGGGAAAAAUUGGAUUUAUCUGAACAAUGAGACCCCUGACAUUGUGGACACCUGUAAAACCUGGGACGGUCCCAGCGGCUCCUGCAGCAGCCUGGUGGGACCGGAGCUGGAGCUGGAGUCUGUUCAGAGGAGCUACACCGCUCCAGACCGCACCGGCAUUCGUAUCUACUACAGCCCUCCUGCUGUGCGACGCAUCGAGCAACAGAAGAAGGACCAAAACACACAGCUGAUUCAGAUCAGGAGUUCGUCUGUGGGACCAAAUCCCUGGAAUCCCAGUGUGCCUGGGUUGGAAACAUCCGAUCUUCAACAACAACCUUUAACCUCCUCCUCCUCCUCUUUUCCGUCCUCCUAUGAGCAGUGGUUGAGCUCACUGUCCAAGCAGCACAGGGAGCUGCUGGAGAGCAGAAGCAGCUGCAUCUCUGACCCCAUCCCCAGUGCAGUCAGCAACGGUGUUGGCAGCAGCUCUACCAACGGUGUGGUCGAUGGAAUCUCGUCCGCUUCUGCGUUCCAUGGGCUGGAGAUCGGAGAGAUUUCAGCCAACCUGAGUGAUGACAUGAAGGAGAUGACCAACUGCGUACGUCAGGCAAUACGAUCCUCAUCAUUGGAGAGGAAAUCCAGCAAGGAAGCUGGAAAUCAGAUGGUUGGCAUGUCCACCAGGUCCACGCAGACUGCUGCCCAGUAUGUGAGCAUUGGGCUUCAAACUGACAACCUUCCCAGCAGCAGAGCGUCAGGGUUACACACCAAAACCUGGUCUCCUCGGCCCUCGUCAGUGUCCACCUCCUCACUGGUGUCUGCUCGGACCCGGCAGAUUUCAACAUCACUGGAUAAAGUUCACAGCCGCAUCGAGCGUCCGUGCUGUUCGCCUAAAUAUGGAUCACCAAAACUUCAGCGCAGAGUCUCUUCUGGCUCCACCUCCCGACUGGACGGAUCUUCUUCUUCCUCAAGAGAUCGCAGCCUUUGGAACAUACCCCAGAGAACCUUGGGUGGAGGCGGAGGCUCAGCCUGGGCUCGUUCCACCACCACCCGGGACAGCCCCGUUCUCAGCGGCCUCACAGACGGCCUCUCCAGCCUCUUCAGUGUGGUAGAACACGCGGGGAGCACCGAGUCUCUCUGGAGGAGCGACGGAGGAGCCAGUCAAACUGCCAGUCCAGCCCGACAACAACCUGCAGGAAAACCUUCUGGUCUGGCAGCAUGUGUUUCUGACUCUUGCUCCCAGCGUUACGGAGGUCUGGUACAGGAGUUCUUCAGGAAUGUGUGCGGUGGCCGCAGCCAAGGAGGAGUCGCCGCCCUACAGGGGGAGAGAGCGCAGAGAGACUCCCAGGGCAGCCUCCGUGGUCUGGGCAUCAUGGAUGAGCCCAAACCAGAAUGUUUUUCCACUGGGGCUGGAGCGCUGACCGUGCUGGGCGGAGGCAACGACAGUGUGACCAGGAUUGUUAAUAAGAGGUUCAUGAGGCAAACGGUCGGAGAAGAGAUGGUCACACUCAAGGGAGGAGGAAAGGAAACGAUGAGCAACGGUGCAGCUGCAGUGACGGAGGAUGCACCCUGUGACUGCGCCAGCCAAUCCCCCUGCCUCACCCGACCGUCGCGAGCUCGCCACUCGCAUGGGCAGUGCAAGCAUCGCCAUCAAGAGCCUCCGGCUGCAGCUGAGGAGAAGAGGGACAGCUUCAGCGAGUGACGACGACUCCGCUUCAACAUUUGAAUAAAGACACAGACACACAAACACACACCACCGCACAUGCAAUAAUGCACAAUACACUCUGCUCACCACGUGUACAUACAAACCUGCCACACGGGCACACUGCCAGAUACAGCACACACUGCAAGCACGCUGCACUGUCUGUCCCAGGAGGCCACUGCCACACACACACACACGCAGUCACUCAAUAACUCCUACAUUCUAACACUUAUUCUGACAGAUAGGAAACAUGGAGAAAACUCCAACCCAACCAUUUGGACUGACCUAAAAACUACCAGCAGCAUUAAAAGCAGAGAAACGUGUCAUUUAAAAAGUAAUGUACUGAAUAAAUUCCAUUCACGACAAAAGAGUCUUAAAAUUCUACCCCCACUACUGCGACCAUGCAAUAGACUCAGUUUUCUUUACGCCCACAGAAGAGACAUACAUCACAUCUACAGCAGAACUCUCGUCAAGUUACUGACUUUUAUCAUCAACCUGGGACGUCUUCUAAUGAGUCCGACCUUAUUUACUGCUGUUUGUGCCGCUGAACGCGUCUCCGCCACAAAGAAUGAUCACCACAGUAAAAAUGCAGCCAACAUCUCCACUGGCACGUUGAGAAAACACACAAUUCAGACGCAGCUCAUCAGUUCAGACUGUGAUCGUCUUUGAGAUCUGACCAAACUGACCUCAGACUGGACCAUGUUGUACAGUAGCAAAUCAUACACGACUCAAGACCUGACUCCAGGCUCAUUGAUAGGAUCAACACUCCACCUAUUUUCCCAGUAGUUAAUGAAUACAAGGACGUCAUUGGCUUUAGAGCCACGGGUUUUUUACCCCCAGAAUCUGUACUGUAGGCAGUAAAAGUGCCUCAUUAUUUGGAGAUUUUUCACCAGUGAUGUCAAGGUUCAUACAUAGAACUGGACUGCUGAUCGGAAUGACAAAUGAGGCGCACAGUGCUGCACCAAUAACUGAGGACUACUCUUGUGUCCACAGAUCUGCUCUGCAUUGACGAAACAGACAAGACAUGAAAAAUACAAGUCAGAACAUGAAUUCAAUUCAUUUUAUUUUCACUUUGUAAAGAAUUUGAGAAAAAUAUGUUUAUUUUCAUUGAACUUUUACAUUGCUCUGCCACUUUUAUAACCUGGUUUAUGUAUUUAGUCCAACUUUAACCAA